AUGAUGAAUAAAAUUUCAAGCAUUCAUUUCAAUGAACAUGUCUCCAUCGACUUAUUUGAUCAAUUAAUCCUAUUGACAAGUGAAAUUAGCUCAUGUAUAGAGCAAUUAAAUGUGUUUUUAUCAAAAUUCUGUUGUACUGAAGAAGAUAUAUUUUCAUCGUCAACUUUAUGCGUUGAUGACUUAUUCUGUUCAGGGGAAUUAUUAACUAUGGAAGCGAUUUACUUACGCUGUUUGAUACUGAUUUUCUACGCUUCAUAUAAAUCAUUAUUGUUAGUUUAUGAAACUUUAAGCCUACCUGAUUGGAAUCGAAACAAAGUACUGGCAGUGAAUGAUAAAGGAACUUCUGAGAAGAAGAAGGUGAAUUCAUAUUUACAUUCAACUGAUUGUCAAGAGAUGAUUUUAUUAGAUGAAUUGAACUAUUUACAGUUUGUAUUAAACCAAUUUAAUGCCUGUGAGAUAGCGUCUUCAAUAAGCGAUCAAACGUCUAGCCAAGUAUUACGACAUCUUACAAAGUUUAUUCUACACAAAGAGUCUUUAAGACGGAAUUCUGAUGCGAAAUCUACCAAUCUGUCUUGUUUACUCUCUACACUUGUUGAUUUUCUUCACAAAUCGUAUAAUUAUUUACUGAAAAUAAUGAAGAAAAACCAAGAUGUGUAUAAUACUGAUCAUUUGAGAUCGAAUCUUUCACUCUCUAAUACUAAUAUGAUAUGUAUCAAUGAAUCCAUUCCUAACAAACUAUCAAUUACAUCAUGCCAAAGUCAUCAAAUCUUUGAGCAUAUAUUGAAUAUUGCUGAAAUGAUUAUCAUGAUGCCAGUUUCAACAAUGGAUGAACUUAGAAAGAGAUAUAAUCAACAUUUGGAGUUAUUCAGUUGCAUUUACUGGGAUUGCUGUCGGAUAAGUUACCUGCAGAAGGCGGGGGCGAAGGUGCAGGCGGAGGCGGAGAGAUACACACACUGCAAUCUUCAGAACUGUCGCCAUGCUAGUAUGCAUGAGAAUGAUGAUAAACACCGUCUGGUAAAUCUUAUCCAUCGAGGUUUCGAUUUAAACCAUAAACUGAUGAUAUGGUAUGCAAACUCUUACAGUCUUUUGGAUCAGUGGCAGCGCUUAACCGAUCAGGUGGAGUGGUUUAAUGUACGUGUACAAAAUUUAUGGAAUCGUUUACCUGAACCACCAUUUUCAACACCGCCUCAAAUAAAAUUAGAUCAGUUCUCUUAUAUAAACAAGUAUGAUGUAAAUCAGCUUGUAUUUGUGUCACCAGAUCAAGUACUACGCAACAUCUUAUCUUCUACGAACUCAUUUGAUGCAUUAUUAGUACAUAAAAGUUGGAUAGAGAAUAUUUUCAAAUGUUUUAAAAGCUUAACUCCUAUAUGUGAAGCCAUUUUAUUUCAAGGUCGUUUAUUAACCAAUGAUUUAUUUCAUUUAAACACAUUGAACACUGACAAUAAUACUACUGAUAAUGAAACUACUCAAAACUUUUUAUCCCUCAAAUAUGAUGAUAAUCAAUUUUGGAAUAAAGAAUAUGAAAUCCUCUGGGAUUUAGUGAUUGAUUGGAUUACUCAACUAGUGAUUAAGUUCAAUCAACAAAUCUUUUAUGCUAAACUAUUGAAUGAGUGUACAAAUGAUUUACAGUCAUGGAUCACCUUGACAAAAGAGAAACUAGAUCGUACUGUACACCAUUUCAAAACACAACUAAAACGAUAUCCGAAUAAUUUAUGCCAAAUUAUGAAAGCAUUUGAUAGCGUUGAUUCGAUUAUGACUGAAUUACUUGUCGAUAAAGAAGUAAUUCAAAUAAAUUAUCUUAAAUUGUAUACUACUGAAAUGAAUCAAGAAAAUUUUCAACCUCAAAAACACUCAUUCUAUUCAAAUCUUAUUAAUUCUAUAGAAAGAAUUGUUCACUUCUACGAAGACUGUCUUCUACAGUAUUCUCAAUUAUUAUGUAAGCAUCAAACUGCACUUCUCGGGAUUAUUUCACACCUGUCAAUUAUUGAUGAUAAAUAUUCUACAGGUUUAAAAGUAAUGGCUUACUUUCAUAAUUGGUUUCGCUUAACUUUACAAUCUUUUCGACGUCAUCAGCAGCAUACUGACGUAUAUCUUGUUCAAUCGAAUGAGAGGAUUCACCAUACUAUACUAUAUCAUGUAGUAAAUGAUACUAUUCGUCGGUUAGAAAUUCGUAUGCCUAUUCUUUUAGCACUUUCUAGCCUAGAACAGCAUUACUUGAAUUCAAAUAAAAAUCGCGGUAUUCUGACAAGUAACCCUUAUAAUCAACUGAUUGUUCAAUGGAAAGAGAAUAUAAAAACAGUGAAUAUGCUGAAAUCUAACUUGUUAGAUAACCAAUCAGAAUAUCAUAAAUUAGAAAAGUGUUUGAAUCAAUUAUUGAUUGAAAUUGAAGUGUUCAAUAGUGAAUAUCCUUCUACUAUGAAGGUUUUAACAAAUGCUAAGAAGAAUUUUUUCACCAAACAUAUUUUCAAUGCAUUAUUGAAUGUGAAAAAGAGUAACAAGAUUCUACACAGAAAUCUCAAUUCACGUCUAAUAACGUUGACAGACAAGAUUGAACAAUUUAUAUCAACGUCAAAAUCAACUGAAAUGAAUACAUUGAAAGCAAUUUCUAUUAUCUAUACAAUACGUGAAGAUGAAAUAUACAAGUAUCUAUUGUCAACUGGUAGUUAUAAUGAAUUAUUGAAGAGACUGGAGUACUUGAAGAAUAAAUUUCAUCACAUUCAACAUAAUUCCUUGAAUAACUGUCAGCUGAUUUCAUAUACUAACUUGAUGUUAUCAUCUGUGACUAAAUUUUAUCAUCUACUGUGUGAUUUACUACAUCGACAAGGUUGUACGAUUUUUAUGAUACAUUCUGGUGAAAAAUUUAACUUUAUAGAGCAAUUGUCUAGUAACCAGAUGUCGCUUAAUGAUUCCAUUUCAUCUGAUAUGUUUCAUUUUAUGCAUGAAAUUGACAAGUUGAAAGAAUAUUGGUCAAAUAGUGGUAGUAGUAGUUGUAGUAAUGUUGAUCAAUUAUACAAUAUUGAAGAUUGUUCAAAUCAAUCAGUAUUCAACCAAUUUAUAAAUUAUGGUUAUACUAUUUUGGAUUUAAUCGAAAAGACCGAAGAGAAGGAGUGUACUAUUUGUAGCUACCUAAAGAUAUCUACAAAGAUGUUACUGAAAGAAUUCAUGACAAUUCGUCUUGAUAUGAUUGAUAAGUUAGAUAGGCUUCAUUCCCAUCUCCAUAUGCGCAUCAAUCACUACUUUAAAGUACAGACAUCUUUCACAACUAUUAUGCAUCAAUUAAAUCAGACAAAAGACAAGCAUACAAAAAUGGUUAUCGAUUUGAUAAACAAUCAUAGUGAAGAUAUCUCAAAGACAUCUGAUGAUAUCCCCAAUUUUUAUGGUCUAGAAUAUACACCCACUAGCUUAUCACUGAUCAAUUUGGCUAAAUUAGCUUGCCAGCAUACUUUACUAUCUAAUUUAAAAGAUGUCAACAUUUCAUCAAUUCAACAAUCGUAUUCACUUGAACAUUCUUCUACUGAAUAUCACCGAACUUAUUCCUAUUGUAACAGACAAACAUCUAAAUUGACUAAAUUGACUGAAUUAUGCUUAUGUCGAGUAAAGCAUCAACGUAUUCAUUGGAUAAAAUCAAUGAAACAAUUAAUAUCAAUUAAUUUAUACUCUGGAAAUGUAUUGUUAAAUACAUCAAUUGAUAAGGAACAGGAACUAAAGAUUUCUUCCUGUAUCGAUCUAUUGUCUAUACUCAAGGAAACUCUUAAAGAUGGUAGUUUAAUCGCUAAGAGUAACAGUUUGUCACAUUUGUUCACUUCAAUGAUAUCCAAUUUACAGAUAAAAAAUAUCAAUAACUUUAUUGAAAAUGUAACUGAUAUAUACAAGUUGAAUUGUUUGAAUUCAUAUCUUUUACAAUGGCUUAAUACAUUUAAACAAAAUAUAAUGAAUACAUUGAACAGUUUAACAGGGAAUGAAUUAAACAUAUUCAAUCUGGAUGAUAUUAUCACGAAGUAUAUUGAUGUAAACACAUGGUAUACCCAGUAUGUUCUUUUUGAACGAUUGUUCAAUUAUCUUUGUAUGCUGGAAUAUUGGAUAAAGUUUCAAGAAAUCACUAGUGGAGAAAUUAAUGAUGCUUCUCACCUUUAUACAUACAUGGCAAGGACAAGAGACUGGCUAACUCUUGGUAUUCGUUUACUUCAACUCAAAUGUUCUCUACAGAAGCUGAUGAACCAGUGGAUAUAUUUUGUAUCUUUAUAUAAUAAUGCGGAUAGUUUUAUAAGUAAUGCAGAACUGAUUGGUCAUAUAAAGCAAGUUUAUCCACAGCACUGUUCUACAUUUCCUCCAGAUUUUAAUCAGUCCUCAUUGAACUUUGAAUGUCAAAAGAUCGCAGGUGAAUUGGAAAAGCAAUACAUUCUACUCAAGACUCUAUUCUUUGUCGACCAAGAUGAUGAUAAAUACUCUGACAACCAGUUGGAAACUGUAGCAUAUUCCUCUUAUAAUACUCUUAUCGGUAAUGAUGAUGAUGUUGACAACCAUUUUUAUGACAUCAUAGAUGAUAAACUUAUUUCAUCACCAUCUCAAAUAUAUUGUACUUUAUGUCAUGAAAAUCCACUUCUAAGGAUAUCUUCAUCUUCUAAUCUAAAGCUUUUAACUAAAGAAACAUUGAAGCGAUUGAAAACAUGCCAAGAAAUGUUUAAUGGUAAACAGAAUAGUCAGUUGACUAUUGAACAGCAUCAAAAUUGUUUAGAUACUUUAAAGCAUCAAAUAGAAAUUAUUUCAAGGUGGAUUAUUCAAUUUAAAAAAGAAAUAAUCAAAUUGUCAUCCCAUGAAAUCCGAUUCAAUGAAGAAGUUUUACUACAUCAAUUGAAAAAGGUUGAAGCGUUACUAAAAAUCUGUCAUCAUGAGCAUGAAAAUAUUGUCAUUCAUUUUGAAAAUAAUAAUUCAUUGAAAUUUGACAAUCAAUCUUUGAACAUAGAUUUAAUACAAUUACUACUGAAUUACUUACAAGUAUACAUUAAACAUGUUGGCGACCGACAAAGUGAACAAGAUGAACACAAAUUAUGCAUAUCUAUCAAGAUAAAUGUUAAAAAUUUAAAUGAACGAAUAAAACAAUUGUUAUCCGAUAGUACAUUUAAACAACUACGCCAUCAAAUGAUCCAGAAAAGGACUUCACUACUCAAUUAUCUUGUUUACUCGAAUCAUUUGAAUGUUCAAUAUGAUUUCAGUAGUAAUUGGCAACUUCGAUUCAAAUUUCUGCAUACCAUAUGUAAUUACAACCAACUAGUUCGAUUUUUACUACGCCAACUUUGUCGUUUGUUUGCCAGUUUGAAUCAAAUGAGUAAAUAUAUUCAGCAUGAUGAUAAAAGUCACUUUAAUGACGAGAACAUGUAUUCGAUAGAAGCAGAAACUUCCUGUUCGUCUGCUGUAGAUUCACUUCAAGGUGAACUAGCACCGAACAGAAACAUCGUUAUUAUUCCUGAAAGCGACAUGAAGCGUGUACCAGCUAUACUCCUGGAUACUUGUUAUUCGACAGACCCUAUACCAUUGAAUAAAGGAACAAUAUCGAAGAAUGAAAAUCGGACAGAUCUGGAUAAUUCCUAUCUAAAGGAGACUUUUAGCUCAUUCCAUCGGGCAUCACGUGAUCUGCGGAGUGAAGCACCAUCAGCAGCGGCACCACCACCACCACCACCGCCACAGGUCAAGGAUAGACAACGAUCUAUUACUAAAUCAAAAAUUAAAAAGUCAGUUGAUUUCUCAAUAAAUACUGACAUUCAUUCAAGCUUCAGCAAACAUACUUCUGUAAAAUGUAUCUCUGAUGAAUAUAACACUCAGUCAACUGUUCCACUUAUCAUCGAUAGAUUUCAAUGGAAUGAAUUAAUUUCUCAAAUGAAAAUUAGUCAAAGUAAAGUGGAACGUCAUUUAAAAGAGUUGGACAGUCAUGAGAAUAGUAAUAAUAAUAAUAAUAAUAAUAAUAAUAAUAAUAAUAAUGGUGAUAAGGUUGAUGAAGAUGUGAAAUCAACUCAUUUGGCUACAUCUUGUGAUCAAUUAAAAAAGUUUCUUGGUGAAUUGAAAGCUUAUGAUUUUCGUGUACAUUCUAUACAAUCGAUAUUCAUUCAAUCAACUGAAUACAAUUCACUAGUUAGUAAACAAGAUGAUGAAGUAUUGAAUGAAUUGACUAGUAUUUGGCAGAGAACUAUUUUAGCUACAAAACAAUGGAUAAGAAAACUACAAUCUGCUUUCAUUUAUGGUAAAAGUUUAAAUCAUUUAAUUGAUGAAUUUCAAAAACAUUUGGAGUAUACAGAAAAUCGAUUAAAUCAUUUCAAUAAUAAUAAUGAUAGAUUUUCAAGUCAAUUAUACUCAAAUAAAAUUCUACAUAAUAGUAAUGAUAUGAAUCUUUCUGGUAAUGGUGAUUCAUAUAUCGAUAUAUUGAAGAUAUAUAACAAUUAUUCAACAUGGUCAACAGUAUCCUCGUCAUCAUCAUUGUUGUUGUCGUGUAUACGUUUGUUGGAGAUCAUCAAAUUACGAUUAACUGAUUGGCUUACUUAUACUACUCUAUUAUUAUUACCGAUGGAUAGUGAUAAUAUUCGUUUAGAAGUAUUAAAAGGUUCAAUGAAUUCAUUGAAUGACUUCAAUUUAAUGGAUGAUGAUGAUGAUGAUGAUGAUGUAAUUAAGAAUGGUCUUAUCAAUUUACAAAAUCAUUUUUUUUAUCUAUUAAAGAAAAAUGAAUGUCUACUUACUGAAUAUAUUGUAUUGUAUAAUUCUAUCAUUGGAAGUGAUAAACAACAACAGGGGAUAAUAAUCUCUUCAAUGAAUACAACCACACUAAGAAGUCGUUCAAAUUCAGAAAAUUUAACAUAUUCUUCAAUAGUAUAUAAUUAUUAUAACAAUGUAGAAUCAAAUAGUCAAGAUAAUGAAAGAAUAUUGAAGGCAAAAAAUUAUUCACAACGAUGUAAUCCACGUUUAAGUUUAAUUGACUCCAUGUGUUCUACAAAUGUUGAUUCAUUUCAUUAUCCAUAUCUAAAGGGAAGUAGUCUUCCAAACACCCUGGAUACAGAUGACAACAUAGAAGAUUUGGUUUCAGUCACAUCACAUUCUAGUGUCUCUAUGGUCUCUGACUCAGCAGAAGAAUUAACCAAUGUACAUCAAAGUGUUGAAUCAUCAUGGGCAUCUGAAAUUGUGACAACACCUGAUAUGGUAGAUUCACAGACUACAUCAACUGGUGCAAGUACUAUUCAAGGUGUUCAUCGUUUUUGGGCUACACCCAAAACAAAAUCGCAUAGAUUUGAAGAGACUACUAUCUUAAAAUCAUUUUCUCCACAUAUAUCUCGUCAACAUUUAAAUUCGAUCAUCAAUGUGUCAAGAAAAUCAUUAGAUAAAUUUAAACAACAACAAAUCUAUCCUGUUUUUUCACUGAAUCCAACUCAAGAUGCAUCCGAAAUGAUAAAUACAACAAUCAUCAAUAAUUCUUUCAGUUCAUCAAAUUAUAUCCCUAUCAAUGAACAACUCUGUGAACAUGAUACAAUAAAAACAGGCAUUUUACACCCAUUAUGUUCAAAAAUCAAUCGAUUUUAUGGAACAUUGAAGCAUUUAACAUUGAACAGAAACAUUACAGCCUUGAACAACCUUGACUUGAACAAUGAUGAUGAUCCACCUACUUGUUCAAAUUCUGUAUAUCAUCAUGCUAAUUCAUUUCAAGGUGUACUUCAUCGUUGUAUAUUAUUCAUUCGGAGAAGACUGUUACACUAUUACACAAAGAUUAUUAUCCAAGAGAAACUGAAAAUUUCUACUUCUUCUUGCUCAUCAUCAUCAUCCCUCUUAACAAGUCUAGGUGUUGCUAGGCAACCGAGAGCUAUUUCCUUUAAAACAUCAUAUCACUUGAAAUAUCUAAUCAAGCGUGUAGGGAGUAUUUUAAUCAAGCUCUUAAUAACUCUUUUAUUUUUAUUCUUAUCAUUAUAUUUUAUCUCUUCUUUAAUCACAUUUUGGUUUCCUCUACCCGAUGGUGAUGAUGACGACAAUGAUGUGAAUAUGUAUGAUUAUUCAACAGAUUGUAGAACAACAUUUCCACAGAUUAUUUUCUAUUACUUUUUAUCGUUAUUUGAACAAAGUGAAAGUAUUUCAGUGAAUAUUGCCUCACCUGUUGGUGAUACACUGACUAAGACAUGGCCAGAUAGUGCACCACCGUUUUGA